ACUGGUGCUCAACCUGGCCUGACGGCGUCAGAGGCUGCAGGGAACAUGAGGGUAGGCCGGGUUUUACACCCUGGGCAAAACCCACCCCCGCCGCCCAGCCGACACGGCUUCUCCCGCAAUCGCGCAUGCGCAGCUGAUGCCGAGCCGCGCGCCCGGUGUGGUCCCCGCCCCGAGCGGGCGCAUGCUGUUCCACCUCCGUCCACCGGGGGGCGCCGUCCUGCUUCUGUUCGCCGCCGACGGCGCAUGCGUUCGCCCUUGUACGCUUUUACGUCUCCGCAGCUUUCUGGGCCCUUGCAGCGUCCUCCUCAGAUUGUGCUUCCGGCGUGAAGGUUACGGACAAGAUGGUGCCGCCGGUGCCAGUCUCCCCGCUCAUCAAGCUUGGCCGCUACUCCGCCCUGUUCCUCGGCGUGGCCUAUGGAGCCAAGCGCUACAGUUACCUGAAACCUCGGGCGGAAGAGGAGAGGAGGAUAGCCGCUGAGGAGAAAAAGAAGCAGGAUGAACGGAAACGGAUUGAGAGAGAACUGGCAGAAGCCCAAGACGACAGCAUACUAAAGUGAGCCUGCCUUUCUCUGGAGUGGUGUGGAUGAAUAAAGCUUUCUGUGUUUGAUGCUCUC